AAUCACCUUAACUAAAUGAAUUUUUAUUUAAUGAAUAACUAAUAGAAAGUUUAUUAACUUCUUCUCUUUGAUUUAAUAUAUAUUGUUCACUAUAUGAUCCAUUCAUUCAAUAUGUUCAAUAUGGAGCUUAUAAAGUAGUCGAUAAGAUCGAUUAAUUUUUUGUUUUUGAAUUUAAAAAAAAAUCGAUUUUGUAAUUAUAAUAUAUCUGUAUAGUUAGUUGUAUAUCACUACACAGAGAUUUUGUUUUAAUUAAUAUUAAAAACAAAAAUUUUUAACCUUCAAAAAUUUUUAUUUAUGAAAGCAAACAAACAAACUUUUAAUUCAUGGGAAAUUGUUUAAACAUUUCAAAUCAUAAAAAAUCAAACUAUUAUUUAAGUAAUAAAUUUAUAAAUUGUUUAGCAACUAAUUUGAAAUUAUUGCGUAAAACUCAUCAUCAUAUUCAUAAUGAUAUUAAUGCCAGAAAUUCAAUGUUCACUGUUGAUUUGAAUGAAUUGAAUCAAUGUGUUUUACUAAUAAAUAACCAUAAAUUAAAUCAUAAUAUGCAAGAUUUAUUACAUAAUGAGGAUUCCUCAAAUAAGCUUAAUUUUCAUUCAAUAUUGAAUGAUGAUAAUGAUGUUAGUAAUGAUAAAGACUUCAAUUGUCAUUUAUUAUUUUUCAAAAGAUGGAAUUCAAUUCUUUUUAAUUAUUAUAAUGAUUUAUCAAUAAUUCAAAAUAAAUUUAUCAAUUAUUUUGUUCCUAUAAAAAAUAAGAAAAUUGAACAUACUACUACUACUACUAUUAAUACUACUAAUAUUACUAUUAUUAAAAAUCAAAAUAAUUUAAAAAAAUUAAAAUCAACUUAUUGGCCAUUAAUUAAUACAUCUAUACUUGGAUUUACUAUUUUAAAAUCGAAUAUGUUAAAUUUUAUAGAAUGGUUCCAAUAUAAUGAAGAUGAGAUAUAUUCAAAUAUGGAUGUAAAUCAAUUAUCAAUGAAAGGUAAGCAAAUGAAGAUGAAUUAUUUAAAUAAAACAAAUAUAUAUACUAAUGUUAACAUAGUGAAUAAUAAUAGUAAUAAUAAUAAUGAUGACAUCUUGUUACCAAUUGGUUGGUUACGUUAUACCAUGUUUAUCUAUCAAACAAAAUUGGAUACAAUUAAAUUUUUAAAAAUAUUUCAUAAAAUGAAAUAUAUAUUACAUAGUAUAGAAAUAAAAACAGGUUGUAAAAUUUUAAUAAGUAAAGGUUUAUUUAUAUAUAAAGGGAAUUUAAUACGUAAAUUUGUCAUUGAUGGACCUAAUCGAAAACAAAUUCUUCAAUGUUAUUCAAGUUUACCUCAAUUAUUUCAUCGACUGUUAAUAUUAGAAUGUGACAGACCAUGUACAACAUAAUUCAUAUAUAUAUAUAU